CUUUCUUUUUUACACAACUAUGGCAAAAAGCAAGAAGAACGCUGCUCAACAAAAAGAAUCCACACCACCACCAUCAUCAUCACCACCUCAACCCAAGGUUGUGCUAAGAACAUAUAGAGAAACAGACCAUGAACAAGUAGAAUUUCUUUUUAGAAGCACUCAAGUACCUUUGGUGUACGAAAGUAUUCGAAGCAAAAUUUGGGCUCCACUCACUUGGGUUAUUUGGUUUGCUGUCUAUUCAGCUAUUCUCUAUUGCAUUCCUUUCAUUACUUCUCGGUGUAUUCGUCAAGACAUACCAUUAUGGGCUAUGACGAGCAUUAAAGUAUUUGCUACCUUUUGGUGGGGCGUUAUUGCCUUUAUCAUCUUGUUUGUCACUUCAGAUCGUGUAGAGAUGCAAAACCGUGUGGAUGAGGCUAUGGCCAAUGACUUGCGUGAUCCCGAUCUUUAUUAUUUGAACUAUGUUGUUCAAGAAGACAAGAAGGUGCGCAAGCCUGAAAACGAGCUUGUGCCUUCUCAUUUCUGGGUAUUGACAGUGGACGAUCAAAUAUGCGGUAUGAUUGGUGUGUCUUGUAAUGCGCAGGAUAUCGUGGAUCAACGUGAGACGCUGCCUGUGCCUUGGAAGCAAUUUACUGUAGCCAUACUUGAACUCUUGCGACUACCUGUGCCUGCAUUUCUGGAAAGGGGUCGACCCAACACAAGUGACUAUAAUCAAAAGGACAAGAAACGUAUCUUUGCUCAUCAGCAACUGCCCAAGACAGCCACUCUUAUGCGCUGGGCUGUACGCUCAGAUCUUCAGACGUGUGGAUUCUCAACCUUAUUGAUCAAUCGUGCUAUUGACUGGUGCAAAGAACAUGAUAUCAAUCGAGUCUAUGCUAUGGUAAAUGAAUGCAACAUGGCUGCAGAACAAAUCUUGACCAGACGUCAUGGGUUUGUAGUGAUGAAGAAGUUUAGAGGAGGUCUGUUUGGUCAAUUCCAAAAGUUGCUUGGAUGUCGUGUGAAUGAAUGGGUAGAAAAGCAUGGUGAACAAACAAGAAAAGCUUUUAAGAAGUCUUAAUUGUAUCUUUAAUAAAAAGAAUUUUGUUUAAAA